AUGGGGCGGCGGGGGGGGUUCCUGGGGGGCCGGGCUCCGCUCCACCUGCUCCUGCUGUGUCACGCGUGGGCGCUACCUCCGCCUCCGCGGGAAGCUCAACCGCUGCUGCCCGCCCGCCUGCCCGCACCGUCGGGGCAGCUGGCCCUGCGGCUGGCCGCCUUCGGUCGUUCCGUCGUCCUUCGCCUCCGCCCCGACGCCGCUUUUUUAGCCCCCCGGCUCCGUUUGCAGCUGCUGGGGGGGCGGCGGGGGCCGCCACGGACCUGGUCCCGCCGGGGUUGUUUCUACGCCGGAGCCGUCGAGGGGAACCCCGACGCCCCCGCCGUGCUCAGCCGCUGCGGAGGAGGAGGAGGAGGAGGUCUCCGAGCCGCUUUUUACCUCGACGGGGCGGCUUACGAGCUGCAACCCCUCGGGCAUCCCUCUCCCGGACCGCCCUGGAGGGGUCUGCACCGCCUCCAGCGCCGCGCCCCCCCGCCGGGAGCCCACCCCCCCGCCGCCGGGAGCAGGGAACCGGGAGGCGGGAGCCGGGAGCCGCUCCGCCGCCGAGCCAAGCGCUUCGUCUCGCAGGCGCGGUACGUGGAGACGCUGCUGGUGGCUGAUGCUUCCAUGGUGAGCUUCUACGGGGAGGAUGUGGAGAACCACAUCCUGACCCUGAUGUCCAUGGCGGCUCGUAUCUACAAGCACCCCAGCCUGAAGAACUCCAUCAGCCUGGUGGUGGUGAAGGUGCUGGUGGUGGACGAGGCAGCAGCGGGACCGGAGGUGUCCGACAACGGCGGGCUUACCCUGCGCAACUUCUGUAGCUGGCAGCAAAAGUUCAACCCCCUGAGCGACCGGCACCCGGAGCACUACGAUACUGCCAUCCUGCUGACGAGACAGGACUUCUGUGGACACCAAAGCUGCGACACGCUGGGAGUGGCAGAUAUCGGCACCAUGUGCGACCGUAACAAAAGCUGCUCGGUGAUUGAGGACGAGGGCCUGCAGGCAGCCUACACCCUGGCUCACGAACUGGGCCAUGUGCUCAGCAUGCCCCACGACGACUCCAAAACCUGCGAGCGGCUCUUUGGGCCCCUCGGCAAGCACCAUAUGAUGGCCCCUCUCUUCGUCCACUUGAACAAGACCCAGCCCUGGUCUCCUUGCAGUGCCAUGUACCUCACCGAGUUCCUGGAUGGAGGGCACGGCGACUGCUUGCUCGAUGCCCCGGCUGACCCCCUUGCCCUGCCCGCCGAGCUGCCCGGCCGAGGACCCCUGUACAGCCUGGACCAGCAAUGCCAGCAGAUCUUCGGCAAGGAGUUCCAGCACUGCCCCAACACCACGGAGGAGGACAUCUGCGCCCAGCUCUGGUGCAGGACCAACAGCGGGGAGCCCCUUUGCCACACCAAGAACGGCAGCUUGCCGUGGGCUGACGGCACCCCUUGCAAAGCCGGCAGGCUGUGCUGGGACGGCCGCUGCGUGCCGCAGGAUGCCCUGAAGCCCCAGCCGGCGGUGGAUGGCGGCUGGGGCCCGUGGAGCCCCUGGGGCUCCUGCUCCCGGACCUGUGGCGGCGGCGUGCAGUUCUCCUACCGUCACUGCGACAGCCCCAAGCCCCAGCACGGCGGCAGGUAUUGCGAGGGCCAGCGUGCCAAGUACCAGUCCUGCCACACCGACGAGUGCCCGCCGGACGGGAAAAGCUUUCGGGAGCAGCAAUGCGAGAAGUACAACAGCUACAACUUUACGGAUUUGGAAGGGAAUCGCCUAGAGUGGGUUCCCAAGUACGCAGGAGUGUCACCCCGAGACCGAUGCAAGCUCUUUUGCCGAGCCAGAGGGAGGAGUGAAUUUAAAGUCUUUGAGGCCAAAGUGAUCGAUGGGACGCUGUGCGGACCGGAGACCCUCUCCAUCUGCGUCCACGGGCAGUGCAUCAAGGCUGGCUGCGAUCACGUAGUCGGGUCCUCCAAGAAGCUGGACAAGUGCGGGGUGUGCGGCGGCAACGGCUCGACUUGCAGGAAAAUAUCCGGCUCGCUCAACCGGUCCAAAUACGGCUACAACGAUAUCGUCACCAUCCCCGCCGGGGCAACCAACAUCGACAUCAAACAGCGCAGCCACCGAGGGGUCCGUCACGACGGGAAUUACCUGGCCCUGAGGACCCUCGAGGGCAAGUACCUGCUGAACGGAGACUUUGCCAUCUCGGCCAUGGAGCAGGACAUCCUCAUUAAGGGGACCAUCCUGAAAUACAGCGGCUCCAUGACAACCCUGGAGAGGCUGCAGAGCUUCCGACAGCUCCCGGAGCCCCUGACCGUCCAGCUGCUGACCAUCGCCAGCGAGGUCUUCCCACCAAAAGUCAAGUACACCUUCUUCAUCCCCAAGGAUGUCCCUUUCAGCAAGCAGAAAGGCAAAGAGAAGAAGUCGGCCAACGUCAUCCAACCGAUGCUGACCUCCCAGUGGGUCCUGGGCGACUGGUCCGAGUGCUCCAAGACGUGUGGCUCCGGCUGGCAGAGGCGGACGGUGGAUUGCCGGGACGUGGAGGGUCAAACCUCCUCCACCUGCGACAGAGCUCUCAAGCCCGAGGACAUCAAGCCCUGCGGAGACGUCCCCUGCCCGCUCUGGCGCCUGGGUCCCUGGUCACCCUGCUCCCAAACUUGCGGCGAGGGUGUGCGGACGCGCAACGCCUCUUGCAUCGAUUACGCCGGUAAAAUCACCGCCCCGGAGAAAUGCAGCUCGCCGGGACCACCGCCGGUCACCGCCGCCUGUGUGCUACGGCAGUGCUGAGCCGCACCGUGUCGGGUCGGACUCGGCGGCGAUGCGCCGUGCCAGCAACGCCGGGGCAGGACGGCGAGGAUGCCGCGGGCUUGCUCGCCAGACGAGUAACCACUCUCCAGCGGUUCAUCCCCACCCCAUCGACGUCUACCUCAGAGGGGGGAAUAACGGUGGCAAAACGGGGAGGAAUCACUUCUUUUCCUUUCUUUUUUCCUUUCUUUCUGGCUGGUUGCUCACAGGCAAGUCGUAAUUUAAGGGGAAAAAUAAGCAGAUCUGUAGGGUGUUUCCAAAGAGCUGUCGUUAAACAUCGUUGCAGACUGUGUUUGCAAGGUUCGCUGGGGUUUGGCGCUGGAAAAAAUGAGGAGCCUGGCUUUGGCAUUGCUCCGUCCCAGCUGCAGGUCGAGGAGGUCCAGGGUGGGCGGCUUUGCCGAUAAAAUCGGGAUCCCUUUGCAAAAGGCUUGGAUCGGAUGGCCGUCCCCUCCCUGCAGCAGUGUGGGUGUCCUUGAGCCUGAGGAGUGUUUUAUCGGCUGUGGGUUUAGCUUGGGAGAUAACUCGCUCAUUUGGCUGGGAGCGGGAAUGAGCUGAGGGCCUGAUCCUGGCACGCAUUAGGCAGGACAGGUUAGAUGGUCACAGUGGUUUCUGUGGGAUUUAUAAUCUACGAGGCAACAAUGAACCUCUGCCUCCAAACACCCCCAGCAUCUGCAGAAUUAUCCCUAGAGCUGCGACCCCAUGCCUCGGUUUCCCCAGCCAUAAAACCAAGGCUUAAUUACACCCAGUCUGGCUUGCAGGGCUGCCAUGAGGAUUAAUUAAUUACCGAUUCUGCAGUGCUUUGACUGUGAAAUGCCUAUCGCGAUACCCCGUCCCCCCUUGGGAGAGGACACUUGGGUGCACCAGCAUUUUCUCUCCCAUCCCUGGCUUUCAGUCCCCUGCGUGCUCAUUUUCUCAGCUCUGCUUUAAUUUUUGAGAUAAUUUGCUAACCUGGCUUGCAGCAGGGACGAGCCCAGGACCUGCAGAUGCUGAGCCUCUCCCCAGCCCACCACGGUGACCGGUGCUGCUCUUCACCUCUGCUUUCCUGGGAUACGUGAGGAUGCUUGGAUCUGGUGCCGGGCUCCAGCCUUGCUUGAGCAAUUCUUGGUCUAAAACCGAGCUUGGCAAGGCUGGAGCUCUUCCUUCCCGGCGGGGAACAGCCAGGCCCCCUCUCCCCAGCCUGGCUGCAAUCCCUGAAAUUUCCCUCUUUCGAAGUGAUCACCAUCCCUGUGCUGGCAGCAGCUGGUGCCUGGGGAGUGGGGACGGAAUUUGGGAAGGUCUUGCCAUCGCUGGACGAGCGAUUCGGUAUCUCCAGGUUCCUCCCUCAAUGCCCCUCACCGCUUUCCUGCGGAUGCCCAUACCCUGCUUUGGGUCCCCUUUUGGCAGUAAAAUGUCAAAUUUCCAGUGGGAACAGCCUUUCUCUCAUAGGAAGGGGAGAAGGGCUGGAGGAGGAGGACUUGAAUUUGCGAUGUCUGCGCUUCCCCAUUUGCAAUUGCAGAGUGAAUCCUUUUUCUUUUCUCCUUUGCCUGAGCUAAGCUCACGUGAAACCCUUUUCUCGCUGGCCAGGCAGGUUGGGGAUAGGAUUGUGGGGUGAGCCGCUCCCCCAGAGCCCUGCCAGAAACCCUACCCUUCAUUUGAAAGCCCAAGAUAUUCAGCUUUUAUCUCCUGUAGGUGAUUCCUAUUGAAACCAAGGGGGCUACAGCCAAGGACUGAGGGUACCGAGGGCUUGGCUCCUCUCUUUUUUUUUUUUUUUUUUUUUUUUAAGCAAGAAAAAAAAAUAAAGGCCAGCUGCAGAGUUUGGAUACAGAGCUGUUUGUUCAGACCUACCUUCAGGCAAUGUUCUGCGUCUGCUAAUUAAUCUCCAGGAAUUUAAGCCCUCUCUCGCUCUAACAAAUAGCUGGAUGCUAAAGUCAUAUAGCCUUGCAGGGUUAUUUUCUUUUUCCCCUUUGAGUCUGUGAGGGUUUUAACUCAAAGGCCAGCAUGUGUUUCCUCUCCAGCGUUGUAACCAGCAUUUAGGAUGGGUCAGAAAUUUCAGCCUGAGACAGUGCCAAGGAAAACGUCUGUAUUUAUCACACAGGAGUCGUGCAUGCCAAGGGUCUCUUCCAAUUUUUUUAUAUUCACUGCGCAGUCGCUUAGCCGGAGCUUCCUAGAUGCAAAACCUCCCUUCCUAGAUGCAAAAACUCCCUGCCGCGGGCAAAUCCUGCUGCUUUUCCAGCAAGGAGGAGGAUGGGGACCCUGUGGGGAGCGGGGGGACCGCAGGCGGCGAUGUUCGGUUGAGGUGUGGGGUCUGGGUGAUGGUAAGUGGGAUUCCUGCCCUAGCCUUCCUGUAGAAACACGUAGCCUUUACGCUGAUUUAAGUCAAAGAGGUUAUAUAUUAGGAUAUAUAUAUGUAUAUAUAUGUUUCCCUUCAGUGAAGGAUUGUAGCAAUGUACUGAGCCUCUUGUGUUAGGUAUUUAUUAUAAAUUUUUGUUUGGUUUUGUACAGUAGCUGUCUGGAAAGGAGAGAAAAAAAAAAGGAAAAAAGAAAUUAAAAAAAAAAAAAAAGACUGUCUGUGUUUUAACAUGCUGCUCCCACAUCCCCACUCUGAAACCUGCAGUGGGGUCGGAGAGGGGACGUCUCUGCUCAUCGUUUAACCACUUCGGUAUAUGACUGUUGUCUCCCUCCUCCCUGGUGCCCCCAAAUCAGGGUGCGAUUGCCAACCGAGCUGCGUAAGCAUAACAAAUCCAACCCAAAUUAAGCUUUGGACUUUCAUUUUGGGGGGGGGGGGGGGGGAAUAUAAUUUUUCUGGGUUUUAGCCUUUUGUUUGUAUUUGGUUUUGACUUUGAAAACAGUCUGUGACUCUGCCUUUACCCCUUCAAUAAAGGAUUUCCUGCCUCUUA